AUGGGCCCGGAUUGGGCCUCGAUGCGGAAGGCCGCGGUCGGCAAAGCCCUCAGCAAGGCCGGCCUGGACGGGUGCUACGAACUGAGGAGAAGAGAAGUCGUCGAGUCGUUAAGCGAGUUGGAAGUCGGGAAGCCGGUCGGCGUGUUCGAAUUGGCGCAAGAGGUGGUUUGGAAUGCGACUCUGGGGAUGGUUUGGGGCGGAGAUGUUGAUUACGAGGAGACUCGGGAAGUGGGUAACCGAAUGUUGCGGCUCUUGGGGAAGCCGAACGUUUCGGAUAUUUUCCCGGUGCUGGCGAGGUUUGAUCUGCAGGGGAUUGAGAGGGAAGGGAAAGAGGUGGCUCGACGGUUUGAUCGGAUUGUGAGCGCGGCGAUUGAGAAGAGAUUUGGCGGUGGUGGGGAGAAGAAGGAAGGGGAUAGGGAUAUCGCCGUUGCUGGGAACGAAAACAUAUCGAGAAUGAUCGAGUGGGCAAUGUCAGAGCUACUUAACAGCGACAAGGCAAUGAAAUCAGUGAAGCGAGAGCUAGACGAAAUGGUGGGACUCGACAGCCUAGUUGAGGACCACCAUCUUAGAAACCUCAAAUACCUGGACGCCGUCAUAAAAGAGACGUGUCGAUUACACCUCGCCCUUGUCACCCGGACGGCGAACCAAACCUGUACCGUCGGCGGAUUCACCGUCCCCCAAGGGACGGAAGUCGUCGACAACGGCUGGGCCAUCCACAGGGACCCUCAGUUCUGGGACGAGCCGUCGGAGUUCCGACCGGAGCGGUUUCUGGACGGUGGGGACGGGAGGCCGCCGCCGUUUGAUUUCAUGGGCGGCGGGAGCAGUAGUUUCCGGUACAUUCCAUUCGGGUCGGGUCGGAGGAGCUGUGCGGGAGUUAAUUUGGCGGAGAGGAUGAUGAAGUAUGUGUUGGCUUCGUUCUUGCAUUGUUUCGAGUGGAAGCUUGCCGACGGGGAAGGAGGAGUUGUUGAUUUUGCCGACGAGUUUGCGCUGCUGAUCAAGAAGAAGAGGGCGUUAAUUGCAGUGCCGACUCCCCGCCUGCUUACUGGUGCAGAGCUGCUUGCUUAA